AUAUGUCACUACAAUACACCCCACAGUACAAGUCUAUACAAAACUACAUAUAUUUUAUCAUAAUGUGUUUUUUGGUGCCCUUUUUUAAAAGAUAUCUAAAUCGAAAUCCUCGGAGAUUCGUGUUUUUAACCCACGUGCCAUCCGUCGCUCUUGUCCUGGCAGGAACCAAGUUUUUCCUUUUCGCGGAAAUGCUCUACGUGGUACCCCAGAUCAUCAGCACUGGAAGUGUGAUUUACUUCCUACUCUGGUUGUUGAGCCUUUUUAUUGCCUACAACAUCAUUGCCAAUUUGUUGGCUGCCCAUUUCACGGACACCUCGGUGGGGAGUCUCCCCAAGGAGCGACAGAAUCCCAAACCCCAUGAGGAGCAUAUGUGGCACUUCUGUUACAAAUGCAAGAAGAUGGUGCCGCCUAGGAGCUGGCACUGCAAGCUUUGUAAUGUCUGUAUCCUGAAACGAGAUCACCACUGCAUCCUAACAGCAUCCUGCAUCGGACACAACAAUCAUAGGUACUUUUUCUGGUUCACCUUCUACCUGGCCUUUGGCAGUUUCUUGGUGAUGGUCACCAACUUCACCGCCAUUGUGGUGAACAAAAGGUCCUUUCUUAACUAUUAUGCAAGGGCUUUCGUCCACCCCGAGUUCCUGCUUCCAAAGAAGACUCCUGUUAAGAGCCUAGAAAACAUAGAACACUUGGACAACUUCCUGGAUUUGCUUUACUUCUUGAGCGUACUGGUUGCGGCGGCCACGGGCGGUGGUUUCGUGUGCCAACUCAUGACCACAUAUAUAAAGGGUGACUUUAUGCCCAAGUAUAAGCGCCAAUACCAUCUGGGAACUCGGAAAACCUUCCAGCUUGUUUUGGGAAAGCGCGGGUUCUGGACUUUUUUGGCGCCCAACCUGAAGAGUACUUUGCAACAUGAUGGAACUAUUUGGAAAACAAAUCUCGAUUCUAAAGUUAUGGAGUCUGAAGUUUAGAAUCCUAAAAAUUCCAUAAAUAUUCUGGUUUAAUAAAUGUUUAAAAGAAAGA